GAAGAGGAACAAUCUGUUUGCCAAUUCGACGAGAGAGAGCUACACGAUCGUUUCGGUCUCAUGCAGCUAGGUACAAGUACACGCCAGCCAGUCAGACAGAAGUGCCCUCAGACUUCUGUGUGCAUCAACACACACCGAUCCCGCCCUCCCUCAGAUGCUGGUAAAGAAAGCGCCCGACAGCCACGACGCACAGACAGACAGAAAGAGAGGCAGGCAGGCAGGGAGAGAGAGAGAGAGAGAGAGGAGGGAGCACUAUGAAUAUGAAUGAGUAUGUAUGUACACAUGGAUACAUCAACCAUACAUCCGGCAGCUGGUCGGUAUACAGAAAGCGCACACAUGCUUCGAAACACAUGCAAUGGAAUGCGAUGAUGGGCAGAAAGCCAUAAAGGCUGCCAACGGAUGACACGAUGCCCACACACGACAGCAAUGCUCUUAAACCCACCAAGUAUUCCGUCACACCACAUCCCCAACAUCGAUCGACCCACAGUUGAUGGAUCGGUCGGUCACGAGAAUAUGGCGUUGGUCCAGCCGGUGAAUACCUGCCGACACAGAGGGCACUCGGGAGGGUUCAGAUUCUGCGCACAUUGCUGGCAGAUGCAGAAGUGGCCACAGGGCUGCAGCACCACCGACCUCUCCGUCUCCUGGCACACUUGGCACUCGGUGGCCUCCUCUCGCGCCCUCUGGGUGCUCUGCUGCAUCUCCUGCCGCAUUUGCUCGCGCAACUCGGCUUCACCCCUCUCGCGUGCCCUCUGCUGAACCCUGGCGAUGAGUGCCGCGAGUCGGGGCAGCUCAGUCGUCAUGAUGGCCGUCUGGCGGUCCGUGAGCUGCAUGGCGAACCCGCUCAGCUCAGCCUCGGUCGUCAGGCCCUCGAAGGUCUCAGUCAACCUGAACGAAUGACACACACAUCACAUCAAAUCAAACCAAAUGGCAUGCACUCGUGUCGCCCGCUUCUGGGAGUGGGUGCUGACUUGUCGAUGUGGUUGCUCCGCAGCUCAUCUAGAUCGGCCUGCAGCGCACGAUUGGCCUCGCCAAGGCUGACAAACGAAAUGGGAGAUGAGCGUCAUGGCGUUCUGUCAAAGUGUGCGUCAGCCCGUCGCCCACCUGGCGACCUCCUGUGCCUGCGAUGCAUUCUCCUGUCGGAGUGACGCCUCCCUCUCUGCAGCAGCACUGACACGCAAUGAAACCAACAACAAACAUAAUGAGUCUCAUUACAUUGCUCGUUAGUGUAUGUGGCUGACCUCUUGUGCCGCUCCAAGUGGUGCUGCAGCUGACCCAUCUCGGCCGCCUGCUGCUGGUUGAGGCGCUUCUCGCGAUCGAUGUCACUGUACAUACACAGACGGUGAGGCGCUGCAUAGGCCUUGCACCACUCCUGUAUACACAUCAAACCUGGUAAGUCGCCGGUGCUGCGCGCAAUGGACCGCAUUGGCUUGACGCAUGUCAGCCUGGAGCUGCUCGUUGGCCGCAAGGGCCGCCGCAAGACUCUGCUCGCUGGCCAUCUGAGCCUCACGCAACCUGCAUACGACGCACAAAGGAGGGGAGUGACAAUAAGGAUGGAUGGUCGGGUGUUGUGUACCGGUCGCUCUCCUCAUUGGCGGUAUUGAUCUGCUGCUGGGCAGCCGCCUCUCGCUGCAUUGCCUCACGCCUGCAAACGACACGACCCCUUCAUGGAUGCUUCUAUAUUCCUUUGUGACCACUCCCUAUUCUUCUCACCGCAUUGCCUCUAUCUGGCGCUCCAGUUCAGCAACUCUGACAGACAAGCACACAUCAUAACAGCAUGUCUCAUCGAGAAAUGUGUGGCCACAGCGAUGCGCCUUUCACCUGGCUCCCAUCGCGUCAGCACCCUCUCCAUCAUGCCCACCGAGAUGCCCCACCGACUCUCCGACCAUCCGUCGUCCCUCGUGACCAGGCAGCAACGCAUCGAACUCCCGCCCGCCAUGGAGAGGCAGCUGCAGCCAUGACGGAGGCUGCAGAGACUCACUGGAGGCGCUCGCAGCGGCGGCAGCAGCAGCAGCGGGAGAUGCGGAAUAGAAGAGGCUGUCGUGGGACUCGCUCGGGGCAUUGGAGGGCGUUUCCAGCAGCCCUUCAGCGAGCUCAAGAUCGUCAUCCACCUCUCCCUCUCCCUCUCGCACAGACGGGCUGCUGUCCUCCAGAAGAUUUGACGCUGCAGCCGAUGAGAAGGGGCCAGCCGGUGCAGCAGGGGCAGCCCGUGGUCUCUUGUUCUUGGGUCGUCGCUUCUUCUUGGCCCUCUUGCCGCUCUCGCCCCCGUGCUGACCGCCCCCACCAUGCUGCUGCUGGUCGUCAUCGCUCGACACCGGAUCGCCGAUCGACCGCAGAAGAUCCUUCUCGCUCUUGCGUGCCGCCGCCUCCUCAGCAGCCAUCUGAGCACUAACGGCCUCGUCGGUCGUCUUGUCGGCUUGGCGCUUCAUCCGGCGCUCCUUCUUGGCCUUGAGCUUCUGCUUGACCUCCAGUCUCUCGCGCAUCUCCUCGCGCAUCAUGUCGCAGCGGCUCUUGGGCGUUGCAGCCUUGCCGGGCUCCUCGCCUGCGACAAAUCUCUGAAGCGCAUCUGUUAGAGUAAAAGGAAGCCGCAAACUGCGCGAUGGGUUGGGGUGAAGCUUGAAGCUGGUGUUGUGUUAAUGCACCUACCGAUCUCAGUGAUCAGCGCCCUCUGUUCGGUCGCGUGCUUAGUGAUCUGUGCAGUGAGGCUGGUGAUCUUACCGUCGAUGGUGCUGGUGUCGCCCUUGUCGGCCUUGGACGCCACCGCAUUCUCCUUUUGUGCCUUGAGGUCUGUGAGCCUGGCCUGCAGCGUUGGCAGCAGCUCCCGAAUGACCUGCAGCCGCUUCUUCUUCGCCCCCAUAUGAGCUAUCUUCUGCUGCAGCACCUCAUCACGGUCCUGCAUGGACAGGCGGCAGUCACAGACACACACACAGUAUCAUCGAUAGGUGGACGGACAGAUGGGCCGCGACGGCAGACCUUCUCCAUGACGGCAGGCUGCUCGCCCUUCUCAUCCGACGCCUGCACGUGGUCGCAACAACACAGUGACCUGCUUCUCAUCCGAUCUGUCUGGUCCAUUCACUUCUGUGCGUGUGCGUACCUACCCUGCGGUCGUCGGGGGACGCCCCUGGCACUAUUUGCCAGCCGAGGUCUGGACACAGAGAGGAGCGGCAUGUCCGCUCCACCCCUAGCCCUUGGUUUGUCACUCACCAGCAAUGUCGGCGUGUGCUGUGUCGACGUCGUCUUGGUAAUCCGCGAAGUGCUCGAGCUCCGCCACACAGGCACAAUAUCUGUGCCAGUCAGCCGCAGUCACGGAGAAGGGGUCCUCAAAGUAAUGGAGCUCGGGGCCGCAUACGCUGCUCAUGUACAGCUUGAGCAGCGUCAAAGCCUCCUCCUUUGCCCUCUGCCACCACCCGAGAGGAUUCAUUGAGUCGUAGGACCGCACCAGGACCUCGCAAAGGUGCUUGGGAAGGCGGGAUGAGGGAUCGACGUAGUGGGAGUCAGGGACAGACUGCAGCUCUGCAUGGCGAACAGACAGGGAGGUAGGCCGGCAGGUGGGCAGAGGCAGGUGAGCUAAUUUACUUGUGAGGAUGACCGGCUCUUCGUAGUCGAAUCGCCCGUUGAUCGACGCGAUCAUCUCGAUGACGGUCCGGAUGACGUCAGGGGUGCUGGGAUCGACGAGAGGCACAUCUGCACCGGACAACAGGCACAACCGCAUAGUCGCACAAGCUGACAUGCUCUGUUUGCACAUUCACGUACUCGUGAGGGCUAGCACGAAUGGCGGCUUGCAUCUGAUGUGCUUCUCCGUGGCCUGCAGCCUCUCCUCCCUCGUCUCGCGUGCCGCCCUCCGUCGGUCCUCCUCAGCUGCGUCUGCUGGUGGCGGCAGGCGGGCGUCAUCGGCCGCCCACUGACGCUCGGUGACACUGCGCGCAUCGACUAGCUCACUCUCGCGCGCAGCAUGGGCCUUGCCGACGGCUUCUCUCAACAAUGACGUAAAGCGGCUAAUCGACAGGAUCCCUCCGGUCCACAGGAACCCUCCGCGGAUGAGCCUGCCGAGCGAGUCAGAUGCUGACAAACACACAGAAAAGGAGAGAGGUAUGGGCACCGCGGGAGUGGGAUGGAUGUGGUUACGCACCAUAGAGGCCGAGGACCGACAGCGUGAGAUUCUUGACGGCGAAUGUAAGGAGGGCCUCGGUUGUGGUCGCACUGGCAUCCAGAUGAAAAUCCCUGAAACAACCAACACACUCCCACAUGCUGGUCGCCUGUAUAGCUGUGUGUCUUACUUGAGUACGGCUCGAUUCGGAUUGGUCGCGAGGCCACUGGUGGCUGCAUGCACGACAAUGUCGGCAACGCUCGAAGGUUCCAGUCCCUCCACAAAAGUGGAAAUCAUGGUGAGGCGCGGAGUCGACACGGUAGCAAAGAAGCGCCGUAGCGCACUCUGCAGACAACUGGCCUGCACUAGCUUGUCAGCGUCGUUGCACUUGGCGCCGUCAGAGUCGACCGACACAAGGAGCUCGAGCUUCGCAAACGAUCGGCCACACAAGCCCUGGAGGGGAACGCACCCACACACGCAACCAUGUCCCCACCCGUUCCCGCAGACAGGCCUGAGCUCGAUUCUAUUCCCCACCUCGAGCAGACUGAGAUAGGAACCAAAUGACAUCGAACAGACGGUGACAAACAUCAUCCUGAGGGGAAAGCACCGCAUGAGGAGUGACGGAUUUGUUGCCCUUCCCUCUUGUCCACCUCUCGCUUGCUCACCUGAGUCUGCUGAAUGGCCUGUCCUUCGUGCUUGUCCUUCCGACGUCCGCACCGCCUCUGUGUUGCUGGUCCGCUGCUGGGCCCGCUGACACUGCAGCCGAUGAGGUGCUGGGGGUGCGGGUCACGUCACGUGAUGACGACUCUGACGGGGGAGAGGGACUGUCACUACUGAUGUCGCCCGUGCCGUCCCGGGCGACCUUGAGCAGAGCGGCCAGUCGGUGAAUAAAAGGAGGGCUCAUCUUCCCUUGGGCGAGAUUCAGGACCUCCAAUGAGGGCAGGCGGCCGAUGGCCUGGGCCAAUCGGGCGCACUCGUCAUCAGGCAACUCACGUAGAUCCACACCUGAACGACAGCAGGUAUUCACGCAGUAUCGUCCUGUCCCAGAAUGCUAUCAGAAGCUGCAUCUUCACCACUGAGUCACCCGUCACUUGCAGUUCGGUGAGUUUGUCGGCACUCUCAAGGAAGCUGCUCAGGUCACUGACGUCAUCGGCGGUCGACGAGCACUCCCACUCGAUCGGUAGCAGAAGCAUCGCCUCGGAUGAGUACCUGACGGGUCCAGUGAUCCAACCGCAAGCGCACGUUAGCCCCCGCCACCCCGCUCACCUUGCCAGUGAUGCCGUCAGCGUCCCUUGGUCGGUCACGGUGAACUCGGCCCUCGACACCAUCAACUCGCGGCACCAAGACGGUGAGAUGCGGCCAGGCGCACGGACAGGACACAAUCUAAAUGCACCCCAUACACACGACAUUUGAUGUCAUACGAUUUGAUGUGAUGUGCUAUGUGCUUACGCCUUGAGCAGACUUCGGCAUGAGUACGCGAACCGGCGGACUAGACUAGCGGUGAACUUCCUAGGACGACUCGUGUAGAUGAGGUGGAGGAUCUUCUUGUCGGACAACAGCUGGACCACAGGAUUCUGUGAGAGAGAACGCACAACGAAAGUUGGUGAUGCCGUCUCCUCCUUUUCCCUCUGUCCUUCGUGUGCUACCUUCAUGUUGCGUUGUCGUGCUGCCUCUCGCUGCGGGUCGGCUUCCAAUUGGACCAGCCGGUCGACCGUUUCCUGAACAUGAUACACACGUCUGGAGGGCCGCGUCAAGCUGUGACUUUUGGACGUACAGAGAAGUACCAUCUGGCGGCGCAAACGGCCGAUAUGGUCCAAAACCUACACACACACGCACGCAAUGUGCAUACGUGUGUCACUGUUGCGGCUCCUCCCAGUCACCUACCUCUUCGAGAACGUCUGGCGACGCCGCCGUCAGCGACAAGAAGGACGCUUCCAUCUACACGUACACACACACACACGACAGCAGCCGGAUGGGUGCACACAGCGUGGCACAACUGAUAGGCAUGAUCCCUUUCAUACCUGUAUGCACUGCCUGGCGAUUGGGUUGUCUUUCCACUCUCCGCGCAGCACCCGUCGAGAACCGUAUCUAUACCACAUCACAUGUCAUUCGCCGGCGAAAUCACACGGAUGGCGAAAUUGUCUGCAGGGCACCUACGCGCUCAAUUUUCUCAAGGUCAACAUGGCUGCUGUGCAGACGAAGGUUGUGGUGCUCAAUCUCCACUCCUUGGUCGCGGCUCUCGCUAUCAAGGUCCCCAUGAGCACGAGAAUGCCGUCACACGCGGCAUACUGAACGCCAGCAAAGACCAGAGCGGAAAGUCCACACAGACAGAUGUGCGUUAUAACGUUUGCUGACCUCAACACGAUCCACCAUGGUGUUGAUCAGGGCUGCGCAGCUCUCUACGACAAAUGACCCGCACAUGUCAUCCUUGGUCAAUCUGUCAUUCUGCAGAAUGGCCAUCGCUCCCGACAGGAAGGCCGUUUGCGAUAACUUCUCCUUGUGGCCCACAUCUGGACAUGUGCACACACACACACACACACACGACAUCAAGAAGGCAAUAUAUGGGACGGACCAUCAACAAUCAUAUGAUGCUCACCAGCCAUCGCCAAUGCCGGUGUCAGACACCACCAGACCUCCAUAGGGCUCCAAUCGCAGGGGGCAUGCUCAUGCAGUGCGGCACCCAUCUUGCUCAAGGCAGCAGGACGCGCUAAGACACUGCGACACAUCGACACCAACGCUACACACACAGAGACACACAACUUUCUCGGGUCUCUCCAUACACUGGUCCAGUUCCAUGUGUCGCGCACUUGAAUGACAGCAUAAGCGGCGGUGCGCGCCAAUGAAGACGCCGCCCAACAGCCGAGACGUCCUCGAUACGACCAGGCGAUCGCUGCUGACUGCAACAGUCUCAGCGAGCGAGUCGAUGUGGCUCAGAAUGUGCUGCCGCAAUGCCUCCCUCAGAUGAUCCAGAGACAUUCCUGAGCGAUGCACAGGCACACACACAGACAAGUGAAAGACGGCAAGACGCUUGCCCGCCCACCCAUAUGACCACCCACCUGCGGCCAUCCAGCCGUACAUUGCAUAAAGAGCUGCAUCGAAGACCUGGUCCGCUAGUGUCCGCCUCUGCAUCGCUGCGUCCGCCAGAAGACUAAACAGCGGCCGCCAUCCCGCGCCAAAUCCAUACCCAGAUCGAAAAAGCCACCCAAGGAAGGACGCCGCUGCUGCUUGGUGCGAUGGCUCAUUAUCGGCGAGAAGGAGGCCAACCGCUCUGUCGGCAAGGGACGGCUCUGACCCCUGUGUGGGGGCUGCCUUCUUCCUGACUAGCGACUGCCGAAAUUGAACGUAUAACGGAUGACCAGCGGGCAGAGGGGCCACUUCUUCUCGGAUCUUGUCAACAUGGUCGACGAACACAUCGACCUCCCCACGAGCCAGAGCGUCAAGGGCGGCUUCCAUUGAUGAAACAACCGCAGAGCGCUGAGAUGCUGCCCCCUCUGCACCACCAGAUGUUCUCACGCCGAUGGGGGAUGGAGCUGCGGACCGCGGCUCAGCUUCGUCGAAUAGCCGCGGGCUGCUGUGCCGGUCUGCAUCAUGUCUGUCAGCCACUCCCUCGCUGUGAGAAGACGCCGCUACACAUGCUACGGUAGCAUCACGAGCGGAGCACAGGCUGGCAGCAGCAGACUCAACGACUGACGGAUCGAUAGCUGCCGAUGGGUGCAGAGCUGGCACUUUAUCAUCCGAAGAGGAGGCCAGCACGCCGUCGAUUGUGCAUCCAGAGCCCGAGCGGGCCUGCCGCGCGUUGGCUUUGGGUUGCUUCUUGGGUGGAGCGGGGGCGGGGACGGAGGGAGGGGGCGGGUGGGAGGGACUCUCGGACGGCUGCUGCUCUGAUGCCGCUGCUGCGACCAUUGGCGAUGGGUUGAUGCUGCUGGUGAGGUCGACGGCUUGCUGGUGCUGCUUCUGCAUCAAUGAGGAAGUACUGGAAUCAACAGACGUAGAAGGGAACUGAUCCUGAAAAUCACACACACACACACACACACACACACAGAGAGAGAGAGAGAGAGACCUCACAGGCAUCCUUGGGUGCACUCCUGCCUUCGUGGCUGUCUGUAUACCGGUGUGGUGUCGACAAUGGCAUCUGAAUCAUCUACAGGCCCACCGCCAUGUCUCGCCCCCUCCAUCAUCCCAGGACAGCCUCCCUGCUGCUGCAUCGCCACGCCGCACACGGCUGGUGGUGAGGAUAUGGGGCAGAGUCGCAUAGACUGCGCAUGACGGGCACAUGGCCGCUGGUGUCGCUGCUGGUGGUGGUCCUGAUGUGUGUCGAUGGCCUCACUGAGGAGCACCUCUGUGAGCACCUCCGAGCAGAGCUGCCGCGACUCAGCUUCGUCGAAGAGCUGUGGGCCGCCGUCAGUCGCAAGGGUGCUCUCUUGGCGGGGAGAUCCUCCUGCUGGUUGGGCAGACGACGCACUAACUGCACCGACACCAAGGUCGCUCCCAGACGAUUCAUCGCCGCGCCGCUCACUCCCACCAGAUCCCUCCUCUGCCGACGUGCCCUUCAUAUGCAUGUGUUGCUGUUGCUGUGGUUGCUUCUGUUGGUUCGCGGACGUGUGGUCGGGGCUGCGGUCUGCCGCCGUGUCGCUGAAGGCCAGCCCUUCUUCGGCCUCCAUGGACACAAGCGCUCAGUCGACUAUCUACCUGAAUGAGUCAGCGCCAAAACAGACACACACGAUAGAAGCACAGGUUCAUGGUCCUUGUUUCACGCGCCGCACUUACAGUGAGCCUUGGCGGCCGUCAAUUGGAAGAUCUCGGACACAAUCCGUCAGAAGGCAACCACCACAGCUGCGCAAAGGCACUUC